AUGCAUAACAACAAUAGGUGGCAAAAGCUUGAUGGAGAGGAUGGAAAAGAUGAAAAUAUUACGAAAUUAUGUGAUCUACCAGAUGGAAUUGUGCAGAAGAUAUUAUCCGACCUUCCAACGAAGGAAGCAGUUGCGACAAGUGUUUUGUCCAAGAGUUGGGUUCAUAAAUGGACUGGUAUCAACAAAAUAGAUUUGGAAUUAUUAGAUGAAGUUGCACCUGAAAAGAGGCAACAAUUCAUAGACUUUGUAGAGAAGUUGCGUGUGUUUUGUAAUACUUCAAGCCUAAAAAAGUUUUCUCUAUUUUUUGAAGUUGGUAUGGAAGCACCUAGGGUUACUAAAUGGCUAAGUAUUUUUGUUAACCCUAAUAUUGAAGAAUUAAAGCUUGAACUUUAUACAGUUAAGGAACCACUUGUUCUCUCUGAUCAAUUUUUUACUUCUGAAAAAUUGACCAAGUUUGAACUUAGUAUGAGUCAAGUCAUCAAACUUCCUUCUACCAUUAAUUUUCAAAAUCUUGUGACAUUGACUUUAAAACAUGUUAUUUUCCCUAACUAUUAUUGCACAACAGAGUUUUUCUUAAGUUUAAGGUCCCUGAAGGAAAUGACCCUAAUUGAUUGUAACUGGAAGAAGGUUGGUACUAUCAUUAUCACUUGUCCAUUGCUUCAGAAAUUGUUCAUUAGGGAUUGGAAAGACCAUGAUGAUGAAGAUGAUCACCACGACAACGAGGAAGAAGUAGAAGAAGAACUUGCUGAGGAAUUAAAUAAUGAUGUCAAUGAUAUUACUGCAGUGGAAAAUCUAAAUUAUCAUCAUGGCCUUAUAAGAAUCCUUUCAAAUGAACUGGUAUCUUUCACAUAUGACGGUGAUCUCAUGAAUGAUUAUUCCUUAUUUUACACAUUCUCAGUCUCGAAUGCAACUAUUAAGCUUCAUGAACAACACAAUAAUAUGUUGCAUGCUGGACAUUUUAUCUACAAACUUUUCAUAGCCCUUUCUGGUGUGACAAAACUAUCAGUCUCUGACUUUGCUCUUCAGGCUUUAUGUCAGCCACUUCUUUUAGCUGCACAUCUGCCUCUUUUUUUUAAUUUGGUCAAGCUUCGUGUGACCUCGCCAUCAGCCGUGGAUUUGUCUUGUGAAGGAUUGCAUUCCCUAUUAAGAAACUCACCUUUUCUAGAGAAAAUUGAGUUUAAGGAGGGGAUCACUUUGGCUGCAAAUGGUGGAAACCUCAUUAAUCCAUUGCCUGGAUGCUUUUGGACAAAACUCAAGGUUAUAAAGAUAUAUGACUUCUGUGGGAGUGAUGGAGAGUUAAAUGCAAUAAAGUUCUUGCUGCAGGAAACACUAGUUUUAGAUACAUUGUAUAUUCAAUACAAUGAAUCUCAUUUUGACUCCCCUGAAGGAACAAAGAUGUUAGAUAUGUUGUUGGAACAAAUUUAUGAGUUUCCUAAAGCUUCAAUGGAUUGUGACAUAGAGGUAGAAUAG